GCCUCUUGUUGUAACGAAUUGGUCAACUACCGGUAGACUGGCUUGCUCGACCGACGAUGAGGAUAGUUGUACCGGUACUGCGAGGUGGCGGCGUCGUGGGUGGCAUGACACACAGUGUACUAGUAGUGUUUCUGUGUCUGGUCGCGAUGAUGGCACAGCGUGUGACGACGACUUUGCCGCCAUACGACCUCACGGCCUUCGACAAAGCACUGCUUCGCGAAUCCAGAGCCAUGGUUGACUUGGACGCCAGGCCGUACGAGCUGUGGACCCUCACGACCAACUGCGGCUGGGGCUACUACAUCCAGCUCGUGUUCUUCGGGUUCCCGCCGAACGGGCCGGGUGAGCACGAGUACAAUGCGCUGUGCGUCCGCACGCGGUCCAACGGAACGCUCUUCGCGGUCAACUUCUCCAAGACUCUGUUCGACGCGUCCGUGAUUGUCGACCGCAGGAAUGGGCCGCCCAUCGAGUACCUCGAAGACCUGCCUGCGAACGCCACGACCAACAUCUACCAAAACUUGGGCUUCGUUGCCAUGUCCAACGACUUGAGCAUCAACACGCACUUUGGAGUGAGUCAGGCCGUGACGUUGUACGCCCGUAGCCGCCACCAUCGAUGCAACUCAUGUGGCGAUCGUAGGAACCUGCAGAAUAAUUCCCUCGUCGACAUCUCCAACACGAUCCUGCCCAAGUCGUUGAAAACAUUGUAUGACUUUGCUCUUGUCAUGCGACUCAUUUUGGUAUGUAGUGUCGUGGACCAAAACCUGCUCGUAAACGUGUCCAACCUCACCGCCGCCGCGCUCCUCACAUUGUCGAUGAACUCGAACCGCCUCGCGCAACUGCCGUCGCUGGCCAACCAUCCAUCCCUUGAGCGCCUCGAAGUGGACGCCAACAACCUCACCAGUCUUUCCAACGUGCACUGGAACAACACACCCGGGCUCUCGUACAUAUCCGCCGCGCGCAACCAAAUUGCCCACUGGCCAGACACGUGGCCUGCGUCAUUGACGACAUUGUACAUUAAUCGUUCUUCCUCGAACGUUCUCUCAAUACACAUGGCUAGAAACUUGCAACACAAUCAACUGACCAACGUGACAGCCAACUUUCCGCCGUCGCUCUCGGCGCUGUGUCUAGCCGGAAACCCACUGCAAGCCCUGUACGCUACCCCGAGCCAGUUCGAACUCCUCGCCGGCCUCAACAACUCGGCGUGUUCCGCGUCGUCUACCACCGUCAAUGCCACCACGCCGCUGCUAGCGUUUGGCCCGGCGUGGCCCGUCAGUUGCUCGUCCUCGGUCCGGAUGCUCUGGAACACGUACCCAGUGUGCAUGCUCGCUGCGGCGUCGCCGUCCGGGCUGUCGCCUGCUGCCGUCGCGACGGCCGUCGCCACUGCGUGCGUGCUGGUGCUGGCCGGGGCAUGCUGCUGGCACCGCCGCCGCCGCGCGCUCAAAGCCGCCAAGGAUCAGCGCUGGUUUGACGAAGUGGACAGCCACUACUACGGAGCCGUCGACGCCCACAAGCUCGUGCACGACAUCCGGUUCGACGACGCGCUCGAGCGGUUCUUCGUGCCCGCACACUCGAUCCACCGCCACGACCUCGUCGCGCGCGGCGGGAACGGCAUGGUACAUGUGGCCACCGUCACAUCGGCUUCUUCGUCCGGCACCACGACCUCCACCACGGUCGCGAUGAAGCGGAUGCUGCCAGAGAAGGCGGCAGACGCCCAAUGCGUGGAGGACUUUAUGGAAGAGAUCCGCCUCUGUUCGCGGCUCCAGCACAAGAACAUUGUCCAGUUCAUCGGGUUUUCGUGGACAACGCUUCAAAACCUGAGUGCGCUGACAGAGUACAUGGAGCGCGGCGACCUGUGGAGCUUCCUCGCGCGCGGCAAUAACCACCUCGCGUGGUGUGUGAACGACGAUGACGAUGCAGUCUUGAAGAAGUUGACCGUGAAUCGGCUGAAGACGGAUGGACCUGGGGCAGUGGCGGUGGUCGCCAGUCACAGCCUCGCGAGCACCACCGACAUGGUCCAGGACAUGACCGACAUGCUGGAACCGCCGACGCCCGUGUCCAAGCUGUCCCUCCUCUGUGACAUCGUCGACGGAUUGGUGUACCUGCACUCCAUGUCCCCGCCCAUCAUUCACCGCGACUUGAAAGCCAAGAACGUGCUUCUGGACGGUGACCUUACAGCGAAAUUGGCGGAUUUUGGCGUGUCCCGGGAAACAUGCGACAUGACUAUGACCGCUGAAGUCGGCACCGUGGCGUGGAUUGCGCCGGAGGUUCUCAAAGGGGUGUACUACUCGGAAAAGGCAGACGUGUACUCGUUGGGGGUAGUCAUGUCUGAACUCGACACGGCCCAAGUGCCCUACUCCAACUUGGACUAUAUAUACUCGUGCCACGACCUGCACGAUGUCAACGUUGUGCGCACGCGACUCGCCAUGCUGGUCGUAGCCGGCGACGUCCGCCCCUCGUUUACAAAGGAGUGCCCGCCGUGCUUGGCGGACCUGGCCGUGCAAUGCCUGAGUUACCACCCCGAAGACCGGCCUCGGAUUCAGGACAUUUGCAUGUACCUGCGGGAACUCAAGCAGCAGUCCCAGCACCAUCAUCAGCAGCAGCGCCGCCACUACCACGCCACGGACAUGCUGUCAUCAAGAAGCCCAUCCCACCACCAGAUUCACUCGAAUUACAGCACCAGUCUGACCAACACCACGGCGACGACGACAACGACCACGUCGUCAGGUCGUAUCGACGUAUAACCAAAGACUGUGUCGGCUAAUAAUUGAUCAUUCAACUAAAACCUGGUUGUCCACAGGAAAAGCCUCAUUGUGUGUGUAUGGGAGAGCUGUU